AUGCGAACAGAAUUACGUAUAUUUUCUCAAAUCUGUUCAGGUAAAAUUGAUGAAUUCCAAUUAUCUAUAUGUGAAAUUGGAAAUUUCAUGAAAACAUUUGAGGUGAUGAAAGAAGAAAAUGAGGAUUUAAAGAAGCGCGUUACUACCUUAGAAUGCCGACUUAAUGAUUUUGAACAAUAUUCAAGAUUGAAUAAUAUUGAGAUUCAAGGUGUUCCUGAAAGAAAAGAUGAAAAUAUUAGCAAUAUCGUGAACAAGGUGGUGGAUGCUCUGGGAGUUUUAGCUUUGGCCAAACAGAAGAAACGUACGUCAAACGGUCUAGGGCUAAAGAUCGACGAUGUUGGAGCUACUAGAAUAGGUUUGACAGUUAUAGAACCUAGAUCCAGUAACUAUAAUAAAGAAGAGGAAAAUAUUAUUUUUAUUGUAGAUGAAGGUACUGGAGAAGAUACCCCCUCCUGUUCAAUAGAUACGUUCCCAGUUUCUAUUAGGGCUGAUUCGCCUCUGCAAGAUGUGGAUGAAAAUAAUAUGAACAGUAUAAAUAACAAUGCUCAUAAAACUGUUGAAUCUCCUAAAAAAAAACAAAAGUUGAUUUAA